AUGGCCUGCCAGUUCUGGGACACUGCUAAAGGCACCACCCAGAGCAAGUAUCAGGGAGUAGCAGCUGGAGAUGAUACUAAAACAAGGGAGGACAAAGUCUGCAGUCUCGUUUUAUCUUCAGCCUUCAUCCCCAGCCUGGUGAUCAAAAGCAGCUUGAUAGAAAAUGCCCUCAAAGUGCAGGCUGGGUCACUUCAACUCCGGUUAUCUCGUUACCCACGAGCAGCCGCGGGGCACUUGGCAGCAUUCCUCGGUGCACGCGUGGUGCUGCGUCCCAGCGCCACCGCUUACCGUAGUGUUGCUAAUGGCGCGCUGUCCCUGUCCUGGCAGAUCUUCAUCCGCAGCACCGACUGUGACCGGACGCUGAUGAGUGCGGAGGCCAACCUCGCAGGCCUGUAUCCCCCAGAGGGACAACAGAUGUUCAACCCUAACAUCUCCUGGCAGCCCAUCCCUGUGCACACAGUGCCUGAGUCCGAGGAGAGGCUACUGAAGUUUCCUUUGACCCCCUGUCCACGGUAUGAACAGCUACAAAAUGAAACACGGCACUCAGCAGAAUACAUAAAUAAGACCAAAGAGAAUUGGCAAUUCCUGCAGAUGGUGGCAAACAAGACUGGGAUCCGGGAUGUCUCUCUCGACUCUGUGUGGAGUGUGUAUGACACACUGUUCUGUGAACAAGCGCACAAAAUGGAUUUGCCUGUAUGGGUGACACCAGAUGUCAUGGCUCGAUUGAAGCAACUAAAAGACUUUGGGUUUGAAUUUCUAUUUGGGAUCCACAAGCGGGUAGAAAAAGCUCGUCUGCAAGGCGGGGUCCUGCUGGAUGAUAUAAGGAAGAACCUAACCAGAGCAGCAAAUGUUUCUGCCCACCUGAACCUGAAAGUGCUCGCCUAUUCAGCGCAUGACACCACACUCGUGGCACUGCAGAUGGCUCUAGAUGUCUACAACAAGAUUCAAGCACCAUACGCCUCAUGUCAUUUAUUUGAGCUGUACCAAGAGGAUGAUGGUAACUUCUCCGUGGAGAUGUUUUUCCGGAAUGAGAGUGGGAAGGAACCUUUCCCACUGACAAUCCCUGGCUGUCAGCAUAAGUGCCCACUGCAAAGAUUCUUGGAACUCACAGAUCCCAUUGUUCCCCAGGACUGGAAGCAGGAAUGCCAGGUAGCAAGUACCAUCCAUGACACAGAACUGUUUGUGGGUCUGGCUGUGUGUGGAUCCAUUCUCCUUCUCCUUAUAAUCCUCCUCUUGACUGUACUCUUUCGCAUACAGUCUCAGCCCCCUGGCUACCGGCACGUUUCCAAUGAGGGAGAAGAGCAGGCCUGACAGUUGCUUCAGCUCCUUCGCAGGUAGUAGGAGGGAGCAGUGUUGUCCCUAAGGAUGAUUGGGCACCUGCAGUUACUGAGCAUUCUUCUGCUUUGGCCACUGCUUCCCAGAAUGAAGCUGGACUUGAUUUUUGGAUGCUUUCUAAAGGUGAUGUCCCAGAAAGAGAGGACUGAGCUACUCUAAUGAAAAUUACGUCCCAGAAAGAGAGGACCAAGCUACUCUAAUGGAAAUUACACCUUAAUUCUGAAGCUGUGUGGUGUCCCCAGUCCUCGUACAGUUUACCUAGUCUGGGAUUCCCACCAUGGCCAGCUGGAGCUGGCCAAGAGUUUUCCUGCUGUCAAGUGAUUGUAGAUGUUAUCGCUCACCAUGACUGUGGUGGAGGGGCUUGGGCCUCCAGCAGCUGCCACAUCCAGUGCAGUCAAGAGCUGUGUCUCUCUUCAGGGUCGAUCUGCUUUGCGUGCUUUUCUCUCAAGCCAUUGGGCUGAUGAUGGUGGGAAGGCUGGGCUCGGAGCAGAGGGCACAGCUCGCCAACGUGCACCCAGACUCAUCUACUGUCCAUGCAGAGGGAACUUGGUAGAUUAUAGCAGACAUAGUAAAAAGUGUUUCUGGAGGUUGCUGCCAAGCAGUUGCUGCUGGCAACUGGUCACUUUCCCUCCUCACAUUGCAGUUCAAGAGAGAACUGGCCUGGAAUCAGGACAAAAUGGAAAACCUGGCAGUAGUUUCUAGGACUCAGCUCAGGGUAGGUUACGUAUGAUCCAAAGAAGCUCUAAGAGCUUCAUCGGAGAGAUGAAUUCCUGUGAGCAUAGCAAACCUGCACUCAAUUUCUUGUGCAAUGUUGGCUCUAGAAAGGAGAGUCCUUUUAGAUAAGAAACUUGGGCCCUGUCUAGAGAUUCAGCCUUUGAAUUUGAGUUCCCCACCUCUGAAUUUCAAGUACCUAUUACAGGCAGUAUCCAGUACUGCAGGCAGCUCCGAUUUCAGCUACGAGCUCAAGGAAUAUGCUUUACUAGCAGAAUGCUUUUAUGCUGUAAUUAAAGAGAUUUAGCAGAGCUGUUUACCUAAGACUAGAUUACAUGCCAAGUUCUGUAGUUUUCCAUCCUAUCUUCCCUACUGGGUGGACAACAAACAAAGGAAAACCCAUUAAGGAUAGGAGUUUGCCAGUGACUGUGGAUCCCCUUGUUUGUCACGCUUUGGCAUUUUGUCCGAAGUGUGACUCUUUCUCCAGGCUGGCCUCACUGCACACACUGCAGCUGCUGUGGGGAACUUCAUGCCAAGCGGUCACCACCUGCCUUCUAGCUUUUGGCAGAAAAUGAGAGACUGCAGCAGGCACCAAAAGCAGAGGCUUUUCACAUGGUGAUGCUGCACAUUCACUUCCCACUUUUACUUCCCUUUCUGGUGUGGUUCCCUUCCCCUCUUGGUGGCAGAAGCCAGUUCUUGGGUUACAGACGUUUCCUUUUCUUCCCCUAUGGAGUACCAUGGGGACUUUUCCCUAUACAAUAAUCGGCAUCUACCAGCAUGGGAACUCUAGAUCAGCAGAAGCAGCUUGCUGUUCUCAGCAUCUUCCUCACCUUUUUGUCCUCUGAAGAUACAAUCUAGGUCCCUGCACAGCAAGACAGUCAUAAAGAAAAAGCUCCUGCCUGUGAGAACAGGCACAGGAAAGAUGUAAUAGAAAGUGCAUUUAAGAGGACCAGACCUGUUACUUUUUAAAGACGGCAGAUUUUGCACACACAGAGGAAAGGUUUCUAUGAUGAUUUAGACAUUUUGACUGUGAAUGACUUUCUGUAACUGUUCCAAUACAUUUCCUUUUCAUUAUUAAAAUCAAAUUCACAC